AUGAUUAUAUACGCUUUAAAUGAUUGUUUAGCUGUAACAAAGCUAAUAUCAAACAUAUAUGAUGAUAAACAACUUAUCGAUUAUGAACAAGAUCAAGUACCAGAUGAUUCAUUUUUAUCGGAUGAAAUCAAUCAUGAUGUCGAAAUUCAUGUACAACGGGAAAUUUCUGAAUUAAAUGAUGAUCAUAUACAUAUUGAACCAAUACAUAAUGCAUUAAUAAGGGUUCAUGUAGAAAAUGAACCCUAUGAAAUGAUAAGCGACGAUAAGUUCGAUGGCAUAUCUUUACCGGAGAUAAUGAAACUCCAUUUACCACAUCAACAACAAUUAUAUAAUGGGAAACCACUUGAUUAUAAUGAUACAUUAAUCGGGGUUCAUGCGCAAAAUGAACCCUCGAAUGAAAUAGGAAUUAUUUCAGACGAUGAUAUAGAACAAAAUAGACCGGCUAAUCAACAUUCACAUCAACAUCAACCGUUAACCAGAAACCAAAGGAAAAAUAGAAAAAAACGUGAAAAACGUUAUCAAUUUGAGAUCAUCCGAAAAUUCUAUAGUGCUUACGCAUCUAAAUAUUACGGUAAGAUUUUCAACAUGGGUUCAAAAUGUUCGACGCUUCAAAUAGGAGGUAAAGUUCAUAUAUCGGGUAAUGGUAACUCACAUUUAAUAAUCAACGGUACCCAUGUCGAAUAG